AUGACGACGAACAGGAAUUCCCCAUGCGUUGUGCACUUGGUGAGAACAUCGCAUAGAACCGUAGAUGGCCAGGGAGGCGGUAACAGACCGCCUGUCGGCGGUCCCGAUGGCGGCUCAAGUAGUGUGUAUAACAGCUCUGAGGACGAAAAGGGAUCGACGGGUGGGCGUAACGGGAGUGGGGAGCGGGGGAAUGGGAGAUAUGAAAAAAAGCUAAUGCCCACAAACAUCGUAUCCGUUGUUGCUUUCAACGUCGUAUAUAACGUCGUCUUGUUGAAUGAUUCCACAAUUGAAAUUGGCCAGGGAGUUAGCGGCCCAGCCUGUCAAAUUUUACGGUCCGCUUGGGCUCCACCGGCCUGGAUGAAGACAAACGGCAUGGUAAAUGGUAAUGGAACUCUGAGAGACGGACCGGGAUCCACUAUUUGGGAGUCGUAUUCAAGAUAUUUGAUCAAAUUCCUAGACGCGUACAAGGAUGCGGGUGUCGACGUGUGGGGAAUGACGGUCCAAAACGAGCCCAUGACCGGAUUCGUGUUUGCUCACCGUUGGAACACGUGCGGUUUCACGGCAGCCAAGGAACGGGACUUUAUCACGCAACAUCUAGGUCCCAAUCUCCGAGCCGCCGGGUACAACACGUCCACCAAUUUCUCCCUCAUGAUCCUAGACGACGAUCGUGAAUAUAUUCAAAACUGGACCGAUACCAUUUUAGGGGACCCGACCGCCUCACAGUUCGUCGCUGGAUCUGCGAUCCAUUUUUACUUUGAUGAAGCCGCUCAUCCAGAUCCUGUCUCAGUUUUGGACAAGAUUGAUGCAAGAUUCAACAAAUUCAUUUUGCUUACUAAAGCCUCAAGGAAAUUCGGGGAUGACCCGGUCGGCUUGGGGAGUUGGAAUUUGGCAGAAUCGUACCUAAUUGCGAUUAUAAUUCGUAAUUAA